AUGGAUCGAGAUCGCUCCUCCUACGGCAAGCGCUCGUACGAUGAUUACCAAGGCGGCUACUCCCGUAACCGCGAGCAAGAUCUUCGGCAGAAGCUCGACCGCGAGCAGGAGGAACACCGCCGUCAGCAGCGUCAGCGCGACCGCGACCUCGACCGGGCGGGCUCCUCGUCGUGGCGUUCCGAGGGGGAGCGCUCACGGCAGGACGCCCGUGCCCCUCCGCCACCUCCACCUCCUCCUCGUGGCCGCGCUUCUGGGAAGAAUGUGGGUCGGAGGAAUCUCCGUCAGCCCAACGCUACCCAAGGCCCUUCCGCUUCUCUGCAGCUUGGGGAUGACACCGGCUCGGGGGAGGCCGCUGUUGCAAACCCAGAUGCAGCGCAUAUCACUUGUUACAACUGCGGAAAACAAGGGCACAUUCAGGCGGACUGCACUGACGACCCUUUCUGCGUCAAUUGUAAGAAGGUUGGCCAUCUCUCGGCCAUGUGCGCCGCCUUCGCCAAGGUUCUGGCCCCAUACUGGGCAGGUUACGGUGGAGGACGCCAGGGGUUCCUCUGCAUUGAUGUUCCUGAUGAAGAGCUACAGCGCCCGGCCUCCAACUCGGCCACCGUCAUCCUGGACAAGGGGCGCCUUUCAGAAGAAGAAGUCGAAGAGGAGUUCAAAGACCUGGUUGAUGAGAACUGGAACUGGCAGGUGCGACAGCUUUCAGUCUCGGACUUUGCGGUUGUCUUCCCAUCCAAAGAAAGUCUUCGUAUUGCGAUCCGCGGGGGCGGUCUUACCCUGCCGACGAGCAAAAUCAAGGCGUUGGUCACCGUUCCGCUGGGUGACCCGCUUGCGUCUGAGACUCUGGAAGAGGUCUGGGUCAAGCUGCUGGGGGUGCCGCCUCCCCUCCGUAUGGCGGAACGUCUGCUGCUGUCCACUCGGGAGGUGGCUCGACCUAUUUCGGUGGACGAGGCCUCCCUGGACCAUCUGGAGGCGCCGGUCAGAAUGUCAUUUGGUUGCCGCAAGGGAGAUGUGCUUCCAGAGUUCAUUACCCUCUUCGUCAACUUACAAGGAUACCGCAUCAAGAUCCUCCGCGAGAACGCCAAUGCUGAAGACUCUCCCCCUCGGGCUCCGCCACGCUUCCCUCCCGGCGACGACAUCGGGGACAGAGACGACGAUCGCGAAGAAACCGACGAAGACCGCUGGGACGGGAGGCGGGGCAAGCACCAGAAGGACAAGCGCUCUUCCGCCUCUGCUCCCGGGUGCGGGUGGGGGCGGACCACGUAA